AUGGCCACUGCAAGCAGCUCGUUCAUCCUGGUGCAAUUGUUGGCCAUCUCAGUGUCCGUUCUGGUUACUGGUGUGGCUUCUGCUUCUUCGUCUUUCCCAGGCUCAAGUCCAACUCCAAACAUCAAUGGCAGCGAGACCGACCUCGCCGCGCUGCUGGCUUUCAAAGCUCAGCUCUCGGAUCCUCUCGGCAUCCUUGCCAGAAGCUGGACAACCAACGUGUCCUUCUGUGGCUGGUUCCGCGUGUCAUGCAGCCGCCGUCAGCAGCGCGUCAUCGCGCUAUCAUUGCCCGAUGUGUCCCUCAAAGGAGAGCUCACCCCACAUCUCGGUAACCUCUCUUUCCUCAUGCUGCUCAACCUCACAAACACCGGCCUCUCCGGCGCAAUUCCUGCCGAUCUUGGUAGGCUGUCUCGGCUUCGGAAACUAGAUCUCGGUAGAAAUGGCCUCUCAGGCUCCAUUCCUAGUACCAUGUUCAACAUGUCACUGCUGCAAGUCAUGUCACUCGGACGUAACAAUCUAACUGGAUCGAUUCCUAGCAAUCAAAAUUUUAGCCUACCGGUGCUUCGGAAGUUAAACUUGGAACAUAACAACUUUGAAGGUCCGAUACCACAGGAGCUUUCAGCGUGCCAGCACCUGCAAUAUCUCUCUUUGGCCCACAAUUCUUUCUGUGAUACUGUGCCAACGUGGUUGGCUGAACUGUCACAGCUCAAAACUAUUUUCUUGGGAAGAAAUCACCUUGUUGGAUCUAUCCCAGCUGUUCUUAGCAACCUCACCGGUCUUACUAAACUAGACCUCUCUUUCUGCAACCUGACCGGUGACAUUCCAACUGAAUUAGGCCUAAUGAGAGAACUCUCGUAUCUGCAUCUCGGAAACAACCAGCUAGCAGGUCCAAUACCAACCAGUCUCACAAAUUUAUCUAAGAUGUCUGACCUUAUUCUGCAAAAAAAUCAGUUGUCUGGAUCAGUACCAGCCACACUUGGGAACAUCCGAGCUCUGAAGAACCUUAAACUGCAACUUAAUAAUUUAAAUGGAGAUCUUGACUUCCUGUCCUCCCUUUCCAACUGUAGACAACUCCAGGUGCUUGCCAUAUCUUCAAAUUCUUUCAGUGGGGGACUCCCUGACCAUGUGGGAAACCUGUCUACAUAAUUACGUAAGUUUUAUGCGGACCAUAAUAAGAUAACAGGUGUGCUUCCAUCAACCUUGGCAAAAUUAAGUGGUCUUGACAGCCUUGAUCUUAGCAAAAACCUACUCACGGGAGCAAUACCAGAAUCGAUCACGUCGAUGAAAAAUCUUGUGUACCUUGAUGUCUCAGGCAAUGACAUGUCAGGCCCUAUCCCAACACAAAUCGGUAUGAUGAAAAGCUUACAGAGGUUGUAUCUCCGUGGAAACAAAUUUUUUGGCUCUAUACCCAAUAGCAUUGGCAACCUUACAAAUCUAGAAUACCUCGUGAUGCGCAACAACCACUUCAAUUCAACAAUACCGGCUAGCUUAUUCCACCUGGAUAAACUUAUCGAACUAUCUCUUUCUCACAAUUAUUUUUCUGGUGCCCUACCAGCUGAUGUUAGUGGACUAAAACUGGCGGAUCAAAUUUACAUAUCUUCCAACAUGUUGACUGGAAAAAUUCCAGAAUCGUUUGGACAGCUUAGGAUGCUCGCUCAGCUAGAUUUAUCACACAACUCAUUUCAGGGCACGAUCCCAGAAUCGUUUCAAGAGCUGACCAGCUUAGAAUUAUUGGAUAUCUCCUCCAACAAUCUCUCUGGUGCCAUUCCCAAGUUCCUUGCCAAUUUCACCUCUUUGACAACCUUGAAUCUCUCCUUCAAUAAGUUAGAAGGCAAGAUACCAGAGGGAGGCAUUUUCUCAAACAUCACAUUGACAUCACUGAUUGGGAAUGCUGGCCUAUGUGGUUCUCCUCGUCUAGGAUUUUCACCAUGUCUUGAGAAGUCUGACUCAACUGACAGACAUUUGCUAAAACUUCUACUCCCUGCUGCCACCAUAGCAUUUGUUUCUAUUGUUCUCUGUGUUUACCUAAUGAUCAAAAGGAAACUUAAAAACAAGAGAGUCCAUGCCUCUGUUGCUGGCCUAAGUGAUGUCAUGAGACAUAGGUUAAUCUCCUACCAUGAGCUUGUUCGCGCCACUGAUAAUUUUUCUGACAAUAACCUGUUGGGGACUGGUAGCUUUGGAAAAGUUUUCAAGGGCCAACUGAACACCGGUUUGGUGGUUGCGAUAAAAGUUCUAGACAUGCAGAAGGAACAAGCAAUUAGAAGCUUCGAUGCUGAGUGCCGUGCGCUUCGCAUGGCUCGACACCGGAAUCUGAUAAAGAUUUUGAACACCUGCUCCAACCUGGAUCUCAGAAUAUUGGUGCUUGAGUACAUGCCCAAUGGAAGCCUGGAUACACUCCUACACUCUGAAGGAAGAAGGCACUUGGGGUUCCUCAAGAGACUCGAUAUCAUGCUGGAUGUGUCGAUGGCGAUGGAGUAUCUACACCAUGAGCACCACGAGGUAGUCCUGCACUGUGACUUGAAGCCUACCAACGUGCUAUUUGAUGAUGACAUGACGGCGCAUGUAGCGGACUUUGGAAUAGCAAAGUUUCUAUUGGGUGAUGACAACUCCAUGAUCACCACAACCAUGCCUGGAACACUUGGGUACAUGGCACCAGAGUAUGGAUCUCUAGGAAAGGCAUCACGCAAGAGUGACGUGUUCAGCUACGGGAUCAUGCUCCUUGAAGUUUUCACUGGAAAGAGACCCACGGAUCUGAUGUUUGAUGGAGAACUGAGCAUCAGGCAGUGGGUUCAUCAGGCAUUUCCAUCUGAACUUGCAUCUGUUCUGGAUGACCAGCUCCUGCAGGAAGCUUCUUCUACCUGCAACCUGAAUGAUUCUCUUUUGCCAAUAUUAGAGCUGGGAUUGCUCUGCUCAAGUGACUCGCCUGAACAAAGGAUGUCAAUGAGCAGUGUGGUGUCCAAACUGAAGAAGAUCAAAAAGGAUCGAAAAACGACAUCAGCAACAAUGAAGAGCGCUGCCCAGUAA